AUGCCCGUCUACAUGAUCCAUGGGUUCCGCUGGCCCCGCGCCGGCUUCACAGGGAUCCGGGUCUAUAUCGUGCUUCACAACCUAGAAGAAGCCGCCGCUGAGUAUAUCCAGCAACCACUCACGACAGAACUACUCUCCGAGUCAUUCCAAAAGACGCAACCCGAUCUGGUCGCGCGCCUGCCCGAACUGCGCUUCAUCGAACAAUACGAUCCAUACGACGAAACAAGCAAUACCGUUAGCCAGGACUAUGCCUAUGUCGCAACGAAGGUCCUGACCAUUCCUGAUGGCGGUUCCGAAGUCCCUGAUAGUGCGGGCCCCGGGUUGAAUAUUGCGGACUGCGUGGAGCAGGGAUCGGGCUUAUCGCAGGAUGAGUCGGAGGCGCUGGAGGAACUGCGCAAUCGAUUGGCGCCGGAGGAGAAAAUCGGAUGGUUUAUGGUUUACAAUGGCGAUCCCGAUCGAUAUUAUCCGCCGUCUGAGGACGAGGAAGAUAGUGAGGAAGAGUAUUAUGACGAUGAUAGCUAUGUCGAUGAAAAGUCGGUGGCACCAUCGGAGGCUGUGACUGAGCCGAGUACCCCAGUCAGUUAUACGUCUCGACUGACAAGACUCUGGAAUCGGAUGAGCUCAUCAUAA